CGGCUUCCAAAGAAAAUCUUAUGCGAUGCCGGAAACUGCGUCCCGAUUUUUUCCAAAUCCCCAUACACUUCCUUUUAACUUGAUAAACGCUUUCAAACGUUCACAUUUGAUCUGAUUAACAUGAUUAACAAUUGAAUUUAGGGACUUGUACCGAUUCUCCCACUGUAGGAAACCGGGCAAUGCCAAAAAAGAGCGAUUCCUGGCUACAAUCGAUCCUCCCUGAGACUGCUACAAGAUAUUGUUAACUUAAAAGAUGUUGAUCUAUGYGAUGCCUUUUUUUGCAGAUGGCACAAUCCACCUUAAAAGCUAAACCCUUAGAAAACGUUGCCAUAACCGGUGGUACUCAUGGUAACGAGUUGCUAGGGAUUUACCUAGUUCGUCACUGGAUGACCAAUGACACAUCAAUCAAACGCCAAUCAUUUAACACUCAUCUUGGCUUAAACAACACACGCGCCAUCGAAAAAUGUGUGCGAUACAUCGACACAGACCUUAACCGUGUAUUUUCCAAGGAAGGUGUAAUCCCGAAUGAAAAUGUCUACGAACUUCAAAGGGCGUGUGAAAUUCAAAAGUGGGUUUUGGAUAGAAAUGUCGACUAUCUUAUAGAUGUACAUGACACGACUGCCAACACAGGAGUUACCUUAAUUCUUACCCCAUCGGCCGCUGAUAACAUGCUGACACUACAGAUUUUGGCUAAAGUCAAGGAGAAUUUGGAUUUUCCAGUCCGAGUGUUAAGCUUUAAGUCGACUUCUAUAGUGAAAGACAAAAAAGGCCAAAACUCAGGAGGUGGAAUUCUAGAGCUGACGGGAAGUGGACUGGGACUAGAAAAUGGCCCAGUCUCUCACGGCACCAUCAAAGCCGACAUGUAUCAACAGACUGCUACAGUGAUUGGAAAAGUUCUGGAUGUGAUUGAGGAGUUCAAUAACGGCCUUGAACUCAAUGGUGAAGAUCUCGAGGUGUUUGAAUUUAGUGGAAUCAUGCAAUAUCCCAAAGACAAUAAUGGCAAUGUCAUGACCAUGAUUCAUCCCAAACUCGAUGGCAAGGAUUGGGUACCUAUCAAGCGUGGUGAUCCUAUUUUCAUGACAUUUGAUGAAAGGACCAUCAAGCAUGAAGGUGAACAGGAGAUUAUACCAGUGUUUAUCAAUGAGGCAAGCUAUGUAGAGAAAGAUAUUGCAUUUUUUCAGGUGGAAAGAGUUCAUGUUAAACUACAACCUGUUCAAAAGAUUUGAGUUUUGUAAACGCUUAACCAGGAUCGAAAUACACCAAUCAAUGAGCUAUUCCAUAUAAUAUCCGUACCCCCCUUUUGAGGACCUCUAUUUUUUGGGGCCAUUACUAUAGUAAAGAAUUUUAGAGUAGUCUGAACCCUGAAGAAAACAAAACAGAAACCAUCCGAACCCCUGAAGAAAGCAUCCUGACCCAUGAAGAAUUAUUGCAUUAUUUUCCCUGAAGAAUUUAGGUCCUCAAAAGGGUGGAGGGAGGGAUACUAAAUUGAAUAGCGCAU